AUGGAGAGCGCCUCCAAUGAGGAGACGCUGCCCCCGGCGCUGCCUCUGGCGACGCUGAUCGGCCGCGAGCUCCGCGGCGGCGGCUCCGAGCGCCCGCUCGUGCGGUACGGCCACUCCGGCUUCGCCAAGCGCGGCGAGGACUACUUCCUGGUCAAGCCCGACUGCCUCCGCGUCCCCGGCGACCCUUCCUCGGCCUUUUCCGUCUUCGCCGUGUUCGACGGCCACAAUGGCGUGUCGGCGGCGGUGUUCAGCAAGGAGCACUUGCUCGACGACGUGAUGAGCGCCGUGCCGCAGGGUAUCAGCCGCGAGGACUGGCUGCAGGUGCUGCCGCGCGCGCUUGUGGCAGGCUUCGUCAAGACAGAUAUUGACUUCCAGCGCAAGGGUGAGACUCAGAGAGAGGUCCUUGCAAUGCCAUUAUAUUCCCCGGCGAAUCUCAUCACUAAGAUGUUGUUAACUCUGGGAAUUGGUGCAGGGGAAAUGUCAGGGACGACGGCGACGUUGGUCGUCAUCGAUGGGUUCACCGUGACUGUGGCGUCAGUCGGAGACUCCAGGUGCAUCCUUGACACUCAAGGUGGUGUGGUCUCUCUGCUAACCGUUGACCACAGGCUAGAGGAGAAUGUAGAGGAGCGGGAGCGUGUCACGGCGAGUGGAGGGGAGGUCAGCCGGCUGAACCUUUGCGGUGGGCAGCAGGUUGGCCCUCUCCGAUGCUGGCCAGGUGGACUGUGCCUUUCAAGAUCAAUUGGGGAUACCGAUGUUGGGGAGUUCAUCGUGCCAAUUCCACAUGUCAAGCAAGUGAAGCUCUCUAGUGCUGGAGGAAGGCUAAUAAUUGCAUCAGAUGGAAUAUGGGAUGCAGUGUCCUCAGAGAUUGCAGCGCAGGCGUGCAGAGGCUUGCCUGCAGAAUUGGCCGCAAAGCUUGUUGUUAAGCAAGCUCUAAAGACAACUGGAUUGAAAGAUGAUACAACUUGUGUAGUUGUUGAUAUCAUCCCAUCUGAUCAUUGUUCAACACCGCCACCAUCGUCUCCAAAGCAAAAUCAGAACAAGUUGAGGUUUCUUCUUUUUGGUAGGAGGUCCCAUAGCUCUGUUGGAAAGCUUGGUGACAAAAAGAAGUCUGCUUCAUUUGGAUUUGUGGAGGAAUUAUUUGAAGAAGGCUCUGCAUUGUUGGAAGAAAGGCAUAAAAGGAGGAGGACCCCCGGCCUCUGCAUCUGGGCGAUGCAUACGGCCACUUUAUUAGUUAUUCUCACAAGACCUUACAAAGUCAUACAACAGUUGGGUAGGAAUUCCCUGUCAAAAGCAAAUUUGCCCCCAUUUCGCUGUGCGAUCUGUCAAGUGGACCAAGUGCCAUUCGAACAUUUAAUAACAGAUAAUGGGGGAGGUUACUGCUCUGCCCCGUCAACACCAUCGAGCUGUCCUUAUCUUUGUUCCGGUUGUAGAAAAAAGAAGGAUGCAAUGGAAGGAAGCGACGGCAAAGCUCCUCGUUGCUGCUCUGAAAUGUACCUUGUAUGGAACCGAACUGACUAA